AUGAACAUAUCGACCUCGGCUGCGGCGCGUCGGAUGACGCAAAGGGCCGCUUGUUCUGCAUGCCGUAGCGCUGAGCUAGCCUCUGUCACAAGAAACGUAGCACGCUUCUCCCCUGCUGGCAGCUGUCAACUCAUCAUCAGCAGAAGGCUUUUCUCCGUCUCCCGGCGUUCAGCAGAAGCCAAGUCCGUGGCCUUCAAACGCCAUGCUCUGCUUCCUCAGGCUCAAACGCAUGAGCAUGCCCGGCAAGCUGGGUCUGGCCUCAACAAGGGACGGCGCACCGCCUACAUUGCUCUUGGAAGCAACAUGGGUGAUCGCAUAGCCAUGAUUGAGAAGGCAUGCAGUGAGAUGGAUGCGCGUGGCAUACGUGUGAAGCGAACCAGCAGCCUAUGGGAGACGGAGCCCAUGUACGUCCUCGACCAAGGACGCUUCGUCAAUGGAGUCUGCGAGGUGGACACGAGCCUGGAGCCAUUGGCCCUUCUUGACCAGCUGCAGGAUAUCGAGAAGUCCAUGGGACGCCAAAAGGUCAUUGACAAGGGCCCGCGGAACAUUGACUUGGAUAUUCUGCUUUACGAAGGUGUGAAGCUCAAGCAUGAACGCCUUGAGAUACCCCACAAAGGUAUCCCGGAGCGAGAGUUUGUCCUUCGUCCCUUGACCGAGCUCAUUCCAGACAAGGCUGUGGAUCCUGCUCGCCCAUGGAAACUCGCACAGGAUUACCUCAACGAACUCCCUCUCUCUAGCCCACCCUUGACUACCCUGACGCCUCUCUCGCCUUCCAACCCGCCACUGCAGGCUGUCAAGCCCACCCGCGGAACACAUGUCAUGGCAAUCCUCAAUGUUACUCCAGACUCCUUCUCUGACGGCGGGAAGCACAGCUCAACCGAUGAAUCAUCGCUCAAGUCCACAGUCGAGGACUUGAUCAAAUCUGGUGCCACCAUCAUCGACGUUGGCGGGCAGUCGACCGCUCCUGGAGCCCCCGAAGUAUCUCUGGAGGAAGAGCUGGCGCGUGUCAUUCCAGCCGUAAAAGCCAUACGUGCAGUAUCUCGAGACCGCGAAUUGGACAACGGACCAAGACGGGUCCUCAUCAGUGUAGAUACUUACCGUGCAGCUGUUGCCGAGGCAGCAGUAUCUGCUGGUGCAGACAUCAUCAACGACGUCUCUGCUGGCGCCCUUGAUGCCGACAUGCUCCCCACUGUGGCCCGAUUGGGGGUCACGGUUUGUUUGAUGCACAUGCGCGGGACUCCUGCAACCAUGAGCACACUGUCUAACUACGACGGUCCAUCUUCAUCCCCAACAGACCGGGAGUCGAAUGUAAACAGAACGGACGAGGGUGGUCUUAUACCCUCGGUGGCCAGAGAACUGCUCGAUCGCGUCGCUGCGGCUGAGGCUGCUGGGGUCAGACGGUGGCGCAUAAUUCUUGACCCAGGCCUAGGUUUCGCCAAGGAGUUACCAGAGCAGAACCUUGAGAUUUUGCGGCGUCUAGAUGAGCUCCGUCUCUGGCCGGGGUUGGAAGGACUACCUUGGCUAGUCGGACCCAGCCGCAAGCGCUUUGUCGGCGCCAUAACGGGUGUUAAGAAGCCGGCCGACCGAGUCUGGGGCACUGCCGCCGCCGUAGCAGCUGCUGUCCAGGGCGGUGCCGAUGUAGUGCGUGUUCAUGAUGUGCGCGAAAUGGCGCAGGUUGUCGCCAUGUCGGAUGCCAUUUGGAGGCAUGGCGGCUGCUCGAGCCGUGAUUCCUAG